AUGGCCUUUUGUUAUUCCAACGCGACCUUGUCAGAUCGCACCGUUGCUGCCAUGCAGGAACAUUUUCGGUCAAGGGGCGAUCAACACGAGGAUUUCGGUAGGAGGCAACGAGUGGGAGCCGCGAGCAGCAGUGGUGGUAGCGGUGGUGGCGGAGAUGACGCUGACAUCAGCGAUGAGUCGGAUCCGGAGGCCGUGGCUCUCACCAUGAGUCGGCUGGAGAGAGAGCUCGAUGCAGCUGUGCAGGCAGAGGAUUAUGUUGCUGCCGCUGGGCUCAGGGAUAGGCUCAGGCGCCUUCAGUCAGACAACGAGGCGGCAGUUAUAGCAGCCAAUGCUCUCUUCUACCGGGCUUUUGGCUCUGCUGAUCUCAGGCUCAUGCGCCGCGUGUGGGCUAGAGGGGAGCACCUGCAGUGCAUACACCCUGGAGCAAACAUAAUAUCUGGAUAUGACAUGGUGCUUAACAGCUGGGAGCUUAUAUUUGAUGGCAUGAACCGCCAGCUCAGCAUCACACUGGAAGACGUGGCGUGCCAUGUGCGCGGCAGCAUGGCAAUGGUGACUUGUGUAGAGGUUAUCAAGUCAGCAGGAUCUGCUGGCAGGGUGGUGGCAACGAACGUGUUUGAAAAGGUGGGCAGUCAAUGGCUCAUGUGCUGCCACCAGGGGAGUCCAGCCCCACCAUCAGGCAGGAAGAUGGGGUUGUAG